GAAACAGUUAGCCCAUAACAUCACAUCAACUAAAGAAUUAAGAAUUUACAACAGAACAGAACUCACCCCACCUGCACUGCACUUCCCAGUUCCCCCUACUUAACCUGUUACCAGACCAAUUUCGCAUCCUCAGAAAGAACUCUCCAUCAGCAAAGAAGUUUCUAGAAAGAAGAACAAUAAAAAAACAAAACACACACAGAAAAAAACAGAGAGAAGAAACGCUGUACACACGCACAGUGAGAGACAGAGGAAAAAAGAAUCAAAGAUCAUUAAAUCAUGGAAGGCAUGGCAGAGGCAGCAGCAGUACCACCAGCACCAUUGCAAGAGCUGGUACUGACUCUAGAGCAAGCCACCCACAUGGCCAAACAGCUCCCCGCCACCGCUGACCCCACCCACCUCCUCCAAAUUUACACCUCUCUCCACCAAGCCCACCACCACCUCUCUAACUUUCUCUCCAAAACCCAUCAACAACAAUUCCCUCCUCCUCCUCUCCCUUCUCUGCUGCCUCUGCCACACGCUGCCUCCGAGAACUCCGUCUCCUCCACAACCGGCGGUGCUGACACUGACCCGAUGCAACUAGCGGAUGAUGAUGGGGAAGAUACUGAAGGGAAUUCGAAGGGCAUAAUUGAAAAAGUUGAGGAGAAGAUGAGGGAUUGCUUUAUUAAGAAUAAGCGGCCAAAGCGGCCGCUUUCGCCUUCGGCGGCCACGAUGGCGGAGGAGAGAAGGCUUUAUGAUGAUGGGUUUGGUAGGAGUGUAAAGGGUUUUGAUCCUUAUGCCACGAGGUUGAGGGCUUUGGACCUUGUGUACCAGUUUCAUGGGUGAAGAUGAAGAAACAGAGCAAAACAGAGGAAUUCAACUUUUGGGCAACAUGUUAUUUUAUUUUUAAAUUAAAUGUAGCUCAAAUUUUUGUUUUUUGGUUUCUGGUACGGAAGGAUAUGGAUUUUGGUGGAAUAAAAAUGGAGUAGAAGAUCGGGAUACUGGAAUUAUGGGUCUUUGUGGAUUCAGUCCUUCAGGAACAUGUGGAUGUGGGUCAACUCUCAACUUUUUCUAGUGAACCCUAAUUUUAGGAUUUUGUAAUUAAUUCAUUUUGGUUUUCUUUUCUCUCCGCCAUUGUGUUUGGAAUAUGAGUGAGCAAGAUGGCGAAAUUUUUUUU